AUGUCCCGGCCACCCAAACAGCUGUAUGGUGGUCCUGGUGCUGUCUGGGAGCAGCUGUCCCACAGGCCGUUCCCGUUGCAGGAGGAGCUGCGCCCAAGGCUGUGCCACAUGAAGAAGGGCCCCAAUGGCUACGGCUUCAACCUGCACAGCGACAAGAGCCGCCCCGGCCAGUACGUCCGCGCCAUCGACCCCGACUCGCCGGCCGAGGCAGCAGGGCUGGCGCCCCAGGCCACAAUCCUGCAGGUCAAUGGGGUGUGCAUGGAGGGCAAGCAGCACGCUGAUGUGGUGGCAGCCAUCAAGGCAGGUGGCGACGAGACUACACUGCUGGUGGUGGAUGUCCUCACAGAUGAGUUCUUCAAGAAGUGCAAGGUGGUGCCCUCAGAGGAGCACCUGACAGGUCCCUUGCCAGAACCAGUUGCCAACGGCGAUAUUGAGAAGGAAAACGGCAGAGAGUUGAGGUCCAACUCGGUGUCCGAGAGCCCGUCCAGUCCCACCCCACUGGCCGUGUCCCCCGUCUCCAGCGACACUCACAGCGAGGCUGACACACAGGAGGGUGACAAGCGCCAUUCAGCACCCGGGUCCCUCCUGGACCUGGACAUCCCGCUGGCAGUGGCCAAGGAGCGGGCACACCAGAAGCGCACCAGCAAGCGAGCACCCCAGAUGGACUGGAGCAAGAAAAAUGAACUGUUCAGUAACCUGUGA